AUGGAUAACUGGCUGCCCACAAAACUGAGUCCAAAGAUGGCUCUGCAGUGGAAUGUAUUUCCUGAUGAAGUGCCAGCUGUGCAGGUACCAGAAGAGGAAAUGCCAACUCAUAUCCACGGAGAAAUUAGUGAGCCUGGGAAACUCACGGAUGACAAAGGUUUUCCUUCUUAUGGGAAAGUUCCUAAAGAUCUGAUUGGCACUGCUCAGAAAAGAAACUACGAGUGCGUCACAUGCCUUGCUCCAGUCUCCCCACACCAGUUCACACUUUGGUUAAAAGCUGAGGUACACGUGGGAAAAGGUGGUCAGAGCACCGUCAAGGUGUCAGAAGAGCCUCCUCCAUUUCCACCCUUUGGGAGGCUGAGAUUCACACAGUGCAGAGUGGUGGCUACGUAUGUGCACAGAUCUGUGAGGCUUGAACAGAAAGCCGCUGUGCUCCGAAUGGAAGCGAGGCAGAUGUUGGAGGCUGAUGGGAGAGCUGCAGGCAUCCCACAAACUGGCAGACACGCAGGGAAAUACGGAGAGCACAAGUGGAAGGCGGAACCGACUGGUGCCCUAUUUAAACUGAUGGAUAAAUUUGAAGGAAAUAUACACGAGACAGGAAAGGAUGCACAGAGCGAACCUGUGGUUAAAUUUGAGCUAAUUACUGGACAGUGCUACUUCGCCUUCGCACGUUACAAAAUGACAGCAAAAGACGAGGAGGAGCCAGGUGCCAGCUUGCCUUCCCUGGGGCUGAUGAGAGUCCCAGCUGUCCUCUGUGGGCCCGGGCUGUUUACCUGUGCAGAGAUGUGUGGGCUGCAGUGUGCUCAGGGGACGUUUUUUUUUAAACCCAUCCUUAUUCCUGAACCUAAGAUCUGGGCUGUCUCUCCACAUUUUGAUGACACGUGCAGUAAUACAGCAUCCACAGUCAAUGUCAUUGUCUCCCAAGUAGCCAGUGGUCGCAUCAACACAAGGACCCAAGCUCUGACACAGACUGAUGAGGUCCUGAGGCGGGAAGACAAAGCUGAAGCUCUGUCUGGCCACGCGCAUCGGUUUCUGAUAGCAACAUCCAUGCAGCUAAGACUCGUGUACAGUGCACACAUGGCAGAUGAGAAGUUGGACAAGGAUGAAAUCAUCAAGUUAUACAGCUGUAUUCCUGGCAACACGAUUUCACGAUUUCAGAUAGAGAGCCUGGCCCGGGAGGCCUCCACCGGAGUACUGAAAGACCUGAUGCAUGGCCUGGUCACUUCAGCGCUGGAUGCUCGGGUUAAAGAUCUAGAGGAAGGGCAACAGCUGACUCGUUCUGUGAAGCUCUUGGUGGUGAAGGUUUGGGAGAAAUCAGACCAGGCCAGUAUCCUCAGUGCCCUGCGUGUUUUACUUCAGGACAGCCUGCUAGCAACAGCCAGCUCCCCCAAGUUCUCAGAGCUUGUUAUGAAGUGUCUAUAGAGAGUGGCUCGACAAUUGCCUGACACCAUCAACAGCAUUAACCUAGGCAGAGUUCUGAUGGGCAUCCAUAUUUUCAUGCAGGUCUUUCCCAAAGAGAAACUGAAGCAACGUAAAAGCCGAUUUCCUACAAGGACCUUAAAGACCCUUCUGUAUGCCUUAAGUAAACUAAAAGUACCUGAGAUCUCAGACCACCUUACAAUGACUGACAAAGAGUCUGAACUGGAGGCCCGCCUCUUUUGGAUGAUGGAGCAUAGCGUGGACCAGACUGGGAGCAAGUCUGAUAAGGAUACAGAGAAGGGAGCUUCUCAAAUAGAUGAGAAAUCAUCAAAAGCCAAAGUGAAUGAUUUCUCAGCUGAGACUUUUAAGAAGAUUGGCUCUAAAGAGAACACUAAGGAGGGCCUAGCAGAGUUAUGUGAAUAUAAGAAGUGUGCAGGUGCUGACAUUGAGUCAUUUCAGAAAAAUUGCUCAAAAUUCUUUCAGGGUUAUGUUGAGAGAGACCUCCAGGUGAUUGAGAUGGAGAGGGAAGGCAAAGGCCAUAUUCCCACUUCAACAGGCAUCUCUCCUCAGAUGGAGGACUGUGUGCCCACCCCGACAAGCACAGCAUCCUCUCUAGGUGACACAAAUGGAGAAGAAGUGGCCCCAUCUGUCUAUCUGGAAAAGCUAACAAUUCUCCGGCCUUGA